UGUUCUGCAUCGUGUGUUCAGAGAGAGAGAGAGAGAGAGAGCCGCGUCGCGAGGGCGUUCGUUCCGUUUGAUUUAUUUUUCAUAACCACUAGUUCACGAUGAUGAUGGAUCGUCUGGGACAGAGACCCACCAAAGACGAGUCCUCGCCCGGACUCGUGCGGGGCAUCGAUUAUCUCCGCAACCCCCAGCUUAACAAGGGCCUGGCCUUCACAAUCGAAGAGCGAAUGUCCCUGGGCAUACAUGGACUACUGCCAGCGGUCGUCAGGACUCAGGAAGAGCAGCUGAAACUAUGCAAGCUCAACCUCGAGCGAUACCCCGACGAUCUCUCCAAGUACAUUUACCUCAUCGGCCUACUGGACAGGAACGAGAAGCUAUUCUAUCGUCUGCUUGAAGACGACUUGGAGAAGAUGAUGCCGCUCGUUUACACGCCAACGGUGGGCCUCGCUUGCCAAAAGUUCGGGAUGAUUUACCGCAGGCCCCGCGGCCUCUUUAUCAGUUUCCACGACAAGGGCCACGUUUACGACGUUAUUAGGAACUGGCCAGAGCACAACGUGCGGGCGAUCGUCGUCACCGACGGGGAGCGCAUCCUCGGCCUUGGUGAUCUCGGGGUCCAGGGCAUGGGCAUACCCAUCGGCAAGCUCUCGCUCUACACCGGCUUGGCCGGCAUCAAGCCCCAGCAGUGUCUGCCCAUCACCCUCGACGUCGGAACCGAUAAUCAAAUGUUGCAGAGAGAUCCGAUGUACAUGGGCCACCGUCAUGCUCGCAUAACCGGCAAGGACUAUGAUGAAUUCUUGGACGAGUUCAUGGAGGCUGUCGUCCAGCGUUUCGGUCAGAGUACUCUCAUACAAUUCGAAGACUUCGGCAACAAGAAUGCCUUCAGGUUUCUCACCAGGUACCGCGAGCGUUAUUGCAUGUUCAACGACGACAUCCAGGGUACGGCUGCGGUCGUCGUCGCCGGGCUUCUCGCCUCCCUACGACUCACCAACACCAAGCUCCACGAGAAUACGAUCGUAUUUCAGGGAGCCGGAGAGGCGUCGUUGGGCAUCGCCUCGCUCUGUGUCUUAGCGAUGUUAAAAGAGGGUGUGAGCGAGAAGGAGGCGAAGAACCGCAUCUGGAUGGUGGACUCGUUGGGCCUGAUCGUGCAGGACCGACCGAAGGGUGGCGUGACUACGCACAAGAGCCAAUUCGCCCGUCAGAACCACAAGCCGGUAGACACCCUCGCGGAGGUGGUUCGCCAGGUGAAACCUACGGUCCUUAUUGGGGCGUCGGCUAUCGGCGGCGCCUUCACCCAGGAUAUACUUGUCGAAAUGGGCGAGAACAAUAAACGUCCCGUCAUCUUUGCUCUCAGCAAUCCGACCAUCAAGGCCGAGUGCACCGCCGAGGAGGCCUACUCAGCUACUCAGGGCCGCGCGAUUUUCGCAAGCGGCUCGCCUUUCAAGCCGGUGACAUAUGACGGCAAGACUCUCUACCCGGGCCAAGGCAACAACAGCUACAUCUUCCCGGGUACGGCCCUCGGGAUAAUCUGCUGUGGCAUAAUGAAUAUACCCGAUGAGAUUUUCCUCCUGGCGGCGACCACCCUCGCCGAUAUCGUCACCGCCGACGAUCUUCGCAACGGCUCUGUUUACCCACCUAUCAAGAAUAUCAAGAAUUGCUCGCUCCAAAUAGCCAUCAAACUCAUGGACUACGCUUACACUAAUUCACUUGCAACAGUACAUCCAAAACCAAACAAUUACGAAGAAUUUAUCAAAGCACAACUAUAUGAUACGAAUUAUUCAUCGUCUUUACCCGAAGUUUAUCAUUUCCCUGAUAUAUAAAGACCUGGUCGAUGUAACUCUGCUUAAGCCAUCGAUUCCAUAUUUUAUUAUUUCUCAUCGUUAUUUAUAUUCUUUCAAUAUAUAAAAUAAAAAUCUGAACCAGUUAUAUGUGUUGUCAGACACUACAAUUUUACAAUUUCCAAGUCUAUGGGUAUAAAGUAUUUUUAUUACUUUUAUACUCGUAACCAUCAAAUAAUUGUACGAAUAAGAUUUUACGAUUUUUAUCGUAAUUUUUACACGAAAUUCUAUAUGGGGCCAUUAAAUGUAAAUGUUAAUUUUAUACUGCGGAGAAAAAUUAAUUUCGUAGCUCAAGUUCAGCAUUAAAUAUCGUAACUUUUGGCUGUUAUUUACUAUAUGUAAAGCAAUUUAUUUAAAAAUUAUAUUAAAAACUACAAAUUUACUAUUGAUAAA